AUGGAACUUCAAGAUCGAAACGUCGUCGCCGCUGCGCUGAUGCUGCUGCUACUACUGCUGAAUGUUGGUGUGCUAUAUGUGCGGGACAAUGACAAAUUUAAAAAAUUACUACUAUUAUUAUUAUUAUUAUUAUUAUUAUUAUUAUUAUUAUUAUUAUUAUUAUUAUUAUUAUUAUUAUUAUUAUUAUUAUUAUUAUUAUUAUUAUUAUUAUUAUUAUUAUUAUUAUUAUUAUUAUUAUUAUUAUUAUUAUUAUUAUUAUUAUUAUUAUUAUUAUUAUUAUUAUUAUUAUUAUUAUUAUUAUUAUUAUUAUUAUUAUUAUUAUUAUUAUUAUUAUUAUUAUUAUUAUUAUUAUUAUUAUUAUUAUUAUUAUUAUUAUUAUUAUUAUUAUUAUUAUUAUUAUUAUUAUUAUUAUUAUUAUUAUUAUUAUUAUUAUUAUUAUUAUUAUUAUUAUUAUUAUUAUUAUUAUUAUUAUUAUUAUUAUUAUUAUUAUUAUUAUUAUUAUUAUUAUUAUUAUUAUUAUUAUUAUUAUUAUUAUUAUUAUUAUUAUUAUUAUUAUUAUUAUUAUUAUUAUUAUUAUUAUUAUUAUUAUUAUUAUUAUUAUUAUUAUUAUUAUUAUUAUUAUUAUUAUUAUUAUUAUUAUUAUUAUUAUUAUUAUUAUUAUUAUUAUUAUUAUUAUUAUUAUUAUUAUUAUUAUUAUUAUUAUUAUUAUUAUUAUUAUUAUUAUUAUUAUUAUUAUUAUUAUUAUUAUUAUUAUUAUUAUUAUUAUUAUUAUUAUUAUUAUUAUUAUUAUUAUUAUUAUUAUAA